AUAUUUUCUGUUGUUGUGAACUGGAUUCAAAGGCGUGGAAAGUCUGUUAUAUGUGAAAUAGUGAUUACUGGUGAAAUAGUGGAGAGAGUAUUGAAAACUUCUGUAUUUGGCCUUGUAGAGCCAAACACAAUCAAGAAUCUUACCGACUCUUCUAUUGCUGGAGCUCUUGGUGGGUUUAAUACCUACGUUGUCAAUAUCGCCUCUCCCACUUUCUUGUAUAAUUUUGUGUCGGCAGCAAAGAUAUGAGUACAAAAUAUAUAGAGAGAUCAUUGUGUUACCAUGAUAGAGGCCAUCAAUGAUGGGAAAGAUCUUCAUGUAUCCAUCACUAUGCCAUACAUUGAGGUUGGCACUGUUGCUGGUGGGACUCAACUUGCUUCUCAACCCGCGUGCCUCAAUCUGGUCGAUGUUAAGGGUGCAUGUAGAGAAUCCCUUGCAUUAAACUCAAGGCUCCUGGCAGCCAUAGUGGCCGAUUCUGUUUUGGCUGGGGAGCUGUCUUUUCGUAAAAGAUUGGAUUAGAUGCAAUAUGUAUUCCAGACUUACUGUCACUCAUAAUCUUCAUUAGUUGUUUCACCUUGACUCCUAUUUCUUGAAACAAACCUAGCAACACGUAAC